AUGUAUUCGAGAUACAUACCGCCGUCCAAGGGCCCCAAAGCCGCUUCUAUUUCGAAGCCGCUAGCGCAGCCCUCACCGGCGCCGACCCGCACCCUAGACGUGCCUCCUCCGGCCCCUGCUGUGGCCGCAGCGCCGGUCGACGGGUACGGCUAUGCUCGCUACGUCCCAGGAGCCCAAAAUGUCAAGAAGCCGGUGGUUCAGUACUUUGACGACCAACCCAGCCCGCCAAAGCCCAAGCGGAAGAGGGAGACAGCGGACGAGUCCCAAGGAGUUGGCGAGCAGGAAAGCAAGAAGGCGAAGACGCGAGGAGGGCAGAAUGGAAUGAAGCCCGCGAAGAACCGGAGAAAGCGAAAGCAGAGAACCAGGGCCGACGACGACGAUGAUGAUUCGUCAGACUCCGAAGACGACCCGCCGAAGCGCGCUCCUCCCGAGACAAAGCGAGAUGAAAGCUUUGGAUCCCCAACCGUUGCCGAACAGAACGACACGCCAAGCAAGGCGAAGCGCAAGGAAAAAUCAAAAAAGGAGAAGUCUAGGACGAAGCCUGCCAAGAGAGCUCAGACAUCCGAGCUCGCAGACAGCGAUAUCGAAAUGACUGAUGUCAAGGAACCUGCUCAUGAAAUGGAGACGGUUCCUGCACCGGAACCGCAAGCUCUCGCAGAGAAAAAGAAAAAGAAGGACAAGGAAAAGAAGAAGAAGAAAUCAGACAAAAUCGAGUCUACCAUAGACCCACCAGAGCAGGAGGAGGCACCACGGCACAAGGCAGUUCUCGAGCGAAAGGCGAAGUCUUUACAAUUUGCCCGCAAGGCUGCUCAACAUGUUGACCCAAAAUCUGAGGAGGAGCCGGCUGAGCUGCACGGCUUGAAACCCCUACCGCAGCCGGCGGUUGUGGCAGACGACGACUCGAAGCCGACAUACGACACUCUUCCUUCCUGGUUGGCGAACCCUAUCCGCGUUUCUCAGGACACCCGACAGCCCUUUACCGAGCUCGGCAUCCUGCCCAGAUCGGCCCGCUUCCUGGAGCAAAAGGGGUUUGCGGAAGCGUUUGCGGUCCAAACCGCCGCCAUACCGCUGCUGCUGCCCACCAACACGCACCGCCCCGGAGACGUCCUGAUAUCCGCCGCCACUGGCUCUGGAAAGACGUUGGCGUACGCGUUGCCAAUUGUGCGCGACAUUAGCCAGGGCCUUGUCACACGGCUGCGCGCGCUCGUGGUUUUGCCCACCCGUGAACUUGUCAAGCAGGCGCAGGAAGUGUUUGAGAUUUGCGCAAGAGCCUACGACGGCGAGGAGCGAAAGAAAGUCCGUAUUGGUGUGGCUGUCGGCCACCAGUCGAUCAAGGCCGAGCAGCAUAGCCUGAUGAUGAGCGAGUCGCGGUAUGAUCCAGAGGCUUACAAGGUGCUCAAGGAACAAGAUGCUCAGCAAUCGGGACAAACAUCCGACUCUGCGAACGGGGAUGACUCGCUUGAUGCUGGCGCGGACGGCGGAGAGAGAAAGGAUGCUCGACUCGGCGCCUGCGAGGGUGAGGUUGUCGACUUCUGCUCCAAGGUCGAUGUCCUGAUCUGCACUCCGGGACGACUGGUCGAGCACGUGGAGCAGACGCCGGGCUUCAGUCUCGACUACGUGCGAUGGCUGGUGGUGGACGAGGCCGACAAGCUCCUGGCGCAGAGCUUCCAGGGCUGGCUGGACCUCGUCAUGGAACGGUUCAAGGUGAAGCGGUUCGGCGCCCGGGACUUUGCCGACAUGGAGUACUCAGGUGUCCGCAAGGUGGUUCUGAGCGCGACCUUGACGAGGGACCUGAGCCUGUUGAAUCAACUGGACUUGAAGCGGCCACGACUGGUGGUCCUGGAGAACGACGGCACCGUGCAGAUUGCCGAGCAUACACUGCCGCACUCGCUCAGGGAGUUUGCGAUCAGGGUUCACGAGACUAAUUUCAAGCCACUGUAUCUGCUUGAUCUCCUACGAAGUCGAGACAUGGCAGCUGUGCUCACAGGCAGUGACCCGGCUCUGUCUAAGCAGAAUGAGGUUUCAGACUCGGAUUCGGACCCGGAUACAACCUCAGACUCGGGCUCCGAUACGAGCUCCGACUCUAGCGAUACCAGCUCCGACUCGAGCGACGCAACAUCCGACUCGGACGGCAGUUCUGUUCGUGACUCGGACCCGGGACGAACACAACCCCCGCUUCCCCAAUCUCUCAUCUUUACCAAGUCCAACGAGGCUGCUCUCCGGCUUGCGCGCUUGCUCGAACUGUUGGACCCGUCGCUAUCGACCCGCAUCAGCACGCUUACCUCGAGCACGCCUACACACAUCCGCCGCAAGGCGCUGCGGGCGUUUGCGACGGCGUCUUCCCCGGUCCGCCUCAUUAUCGCAUCGGAUCUCGUCGCCCGUGGCAUCGACAUUCCCAAGCUUAGCAACGUUAUCAACUACGACCUACCGCCGAGCGUGGCCGGCUAUGUCCACCGCGUGGGGCGGACGGCGCGCGCGGGGCGGUCUGGCUGCGCGUGGACACUGGUGGGAGACGAUGAGAGCGGGUGGUUCUGGGGCAAGAUUGCCAAGGGGCAAGGGGUGCGGCGAGCACAAAAGGUGGAGAGGACGAGGAUAGAGGAGAUGGGCGAGGAGCGGAUAAAGCAAUACGAAGAUGCCCUGGCCGACCUCGGCAAGGAGGCGCUCGAGAUGAAAAGGUGGUGA